AUUACUUAUUUUCUAAUCAUAUACAUUUUGACAUAUUUGACAUAUAACCACUUUUUCAGAUAUGUCACACAUUAGUUUGAAUUUUGCGUAAAAUCGCUUUGAAACAUCGUUGCCAGAUAUUAAAUAGUCAUGAUGCGCAAUUAUAAUAGGGUGGAAGUACGUCGUCCGAAUAUGCCUUAACACGGGCAAAUUCAGGUGUUAAGGCAUUUUGGUUGCCGAGUGUACAGUAAUUUUCGUGAUCUGAACUGAUAAAGAAUCAUCACAUGUUAUCUUUUGUUUCCAACUUUUUCUGGGGGACGGAGUUCUUUGUUUACGUAUUUUCUCGAACGUUAUCAUCAAUCAAUUGCAACAUAAAAGAUAGAAUGAAUUUGGAAGAGUAUCGCAAACAUGGAAAGGAAAUGGUAGAUUACAUCGCUGAUUACUUGGAAAAUAUCCGUUAUCGACGCGUUUAUCCAGCAGUUUCGCCUGGAUAUUUGAGAAAUGUCUUGCCGGCAUCGGCUCCAGUAGACGGCGAGUCUUGGGAGAACAUAUUUGCUGACAUUGAGAGAUGCAUUAUGCCAGGCGUGACACAUUGGCAGAGUCCGCAUAUGCAUGCUUACUUUCCAGCUCUGAAUUCACCUGCCAGUUUGUUGGGCGACAUGCUGGCUGAUGCAAUAAACUGUCUGGGUUUCACCUGGGCUUCCAGUCCAGCGUGUACCGAGUUAGAAACGAUUGUCAUGAAUUGGUUAGGCAAAAUGAUCGGACUGCCUGAAGAUUUUUUGCAUCGACCUGGCGGUUCUGGUGGCGGCGUCAUUCAAACGACGGCGUCAGAAGCGACACUAGUGUGCUUACUUGCAGCCAGAACCAGAGCUAUCAGAGACGUGCAGGAAAAUGAACCAGACCUUUUAGCGACAGAGAUCAAUUCGCGACUAGUUGCAUACUGCUCAGAUCAGGCACAUUCGAGCGUGGAAAAAGCUGGACUUAUAGGACUGGUUCGAAUGCGAUAUAUCGAAUCCGAUAGUGAAUUCAGUAUGAGAGGAGAUGCUUUAAUUGAAGCAUUAAAGCGUGAUCAAGCUGAAGGACUGCUUCCUUUUUUCGUAUGCGCAACUUUAGGUACGACUGGAGCAUGUUCUUUCGAUAAUCUGAAAGAAAUUGGACCAAUAUGUCAACAAAACGGUUUAUGGUUACACGUCGAUGCGGCUUAUGCAGGUAGCGCUUUUGUGUGUCCUGAAUUUCGCGGUUGGCUUCAAGGGGUGGAACUCACCGAUUCGAUUGCUUUCAAUCCAAGCAAGUGGCUCAUGGUCCAUUUUGAUUGCACAGCCAUGUGGGUAAAAAACAGUCAGGCGCUGCACAGAACUUUUAAUGUGGAUCCGCUGUAUUUGAAACAUGAAAAUUCAGGUCUUGCUAUCGAUUAUAUGCACUGGCAAAUUCCUCUAUCCAAGAGAUUUAGGGCUCUAAAACUGUGGUUCGUUAUCAGAAAUUACGGAAUUACGGGAUUGCAGAAACAUAUAAGAGAAGGCGUGAGAUUAGCACAAAAGUUUGAAGCUCUAGUCUUUGCUGAUGCCCGUUUCGAAAUUACUGCUCCAAGACAUCUUGGCUUGGUGGUCUUCCGUCUUCGCGGUGAGAACACUUUGACUGAACGUUUGUUAAAGAAGCUUAAUUCGCGGGGUCGAUUACAUUGCGUACCAGCCGCCUUGCAUGGGAAAUAUGUCAUCAGGUUUACAGUUACUUCGACAAACACAACAAAUCAAGAUAUUGUAAGGGAUUGGGCGGAAAUACGAAAUACCGCGAACGAAAUUUUAGGUGAUACUUCCGAAUCACCGGUACGAGCCAGAGUUCCUCUCGCAGAUACGAAACAGAAGAAUGAAAAUUUUGGAUCGAGCUUAUUAUUGGCCAAUUCACCGAUGUCACCAAAAAUUGUGAAUGGUAGCUUUGCUGCCAUAUAUGACACAGCCGAUGUAUUUGAAGAAUGCAUGAAGACUUUUGGGAAGAUUAAUAUCGAGGCAAAGGAUAGUCCAGCCAUACGUCGUCGUAUUCGCGGGAUACUUAUGUCAGGGAAACAGUUUUCAUUGGAUUCUCGCAUGGAUCUCGUCCAGGGAUAUGUUUGCAGCCGUCCACUUUUGGCUUCUCCUUCCGAAUUACCGUUAAUGAAAGAAGAUGAAUAUACCGGGGCAUGCGAAUCUGAUGUCGAGAAAAUGAGCGAAUCUGAUAAUGAUAAAUCACUUGCUCAUAAUAAUUGGGUGGAAUCUGACAGUUCCAAAGCAUACGAGAAUAAACUGUCGAAGGCUGGUUCGAAUUACGUAGUAGUAAACGGCGCACUAGUCAGUACUGAUGCCGAAAACAAUGAUGAUAACACGGUAAUCAUCCCUUCGGCCAACGUAGGCUUUCCCAGAAGUGAAACUAUAGCUGCUAUUGGUAGUCGGCCCUAUACAGAUUUAGAACCUGUUCGAGUUUUAAGAGAGAAGUGGAUGAAAGGGAAAGGAAGUGAAGAAGACGAUGGCAACAAGGAAUUGUGUAAAAAAUGUGGUCACUACCCUACACGUCAGUAAUUAGUUCGGCAUUACCUAUUCUUCAUACGUUAAAAAGUAUAUUUAUGUGCACUCGAAGCCACUUUAAUGCAUUUGCAAUAAUUUAAAAUUAUUUCUGCAACAUAUCAUUAGCUAAUAUCAAGUGGAAUUAGUAAUGAAUAAGUUAUAUUGUCUGAUUAAGUAAAUCUUAGAAAUAAUAGAAUAA